GCAUGUCAUACUCAUAGACAUGGAGACAUGUGCAAGAAACGUCAAAUAAAUGACGAUUAACGAUGAGAGUUGAGAUAUUUUAGUGUUUCACUGUGAUAAAAUUGCUUACUUUCAAAUUAAAAAUGGUUGUAUCGUUUAUUAUGCAAAAUAUUCUUGAAACUCUAUCGGGAACUACCUCAAUAACGUUGCCUGCAAUUAAGGAAAAUGGAUUACAACUUGACUACCACAAUAACGAUAAGCCAGAAACUGUUUAUAACGGGGCAGAACCUCCUUUGCCUUUUGCAAACAGUGUACUGUAUCAUGCCAAUAUUGCUGAAUGGAAAAGACUGACAGCUGUAGACGAUCGGUGUAAAGCUGUUUAUGAAGUUACCUUUGAUGUUACGGACUGUAAUUUUACUUUUAAAGCUGGAGAUACAAUUGGUGUGGUUCCUCAAAACAAUGAAGAAGAAGUUAAUGCAGUGCUGAGGCAUUUAGAUUUGGAAUCGCUAGCAGACACAUCAUACACACUGAGGGUGGACAGUAGUAUAAAAGGAUGUAAAAUCCCACCUCACAUACCAGUGAAAUCAACUUUGAAAUAUUUGCUGACACACUGUGUUGAUCUGAGAAGUAUUUUGAAAAAGCUUUUUCUUCUAGCGCUGUCAAGAUUUACAAAAGAUGAAGAUGAAAGGAAAGUUCUUGAAUACUUCUGCAGCAAAGAAGGGUCUACUGCAUACCAAGCACAUAUCUUAAAUGGAAAUUUAUGUGUUCUAGAUAUAUUUAAUAUUUUCAAAUCAUGCAAGCCUCCUAUUGAGGUGUUAAUAGCUAAUUUACCCAGGCUUUUGCCCAGGCCUUAUUCUAUAGUGAAUACUGGUGUGAAAGAUUCAAGUAAAAUAAAAAUCUGCUUUUCUGUGAUAGACUUAGGAAACAAAAGACGUGGCCUUACUACUGGCUGGCUAGAGAAAAAAAUAAGCAAUGAGUUUGAAUUAGAAAAAGAUUUUAAUCAGCUAACUAUAAACUGUGAUAUAGUUAAUAAUAAAAUCCCUAUUUAUUUAAGAAAGAAUGUAUGCGGGUUCUCUUUACCUGAGAAUUUAGAGGCACCAUUAAUUUUGGUUGGUCCUGGGACAGGUGUUGCCUCAUUUAUAGGUUUUCUUGAGGAAUUAGAAGUUGCUAAAGAGAACAAUCGUAAUAAAACAUUUGGAGAUGUGUGGCUGUUCUUUGGAUGUAGAGAUUCUACAUUGGAUUUUAUUUAUGAGAAAGAAUUAAAUGGAUUUCUCUCAAGAGGUGUUUUGAAUAAAUUUUGUACAGCAUUUUCAAGGAUGGAUAAUGCAGUGAAAUAUGUUCAGGAUGCCAUACUACAAGAAGGUGAAAGUAUAGCUAAGUUAUUAAACGAUGGAGCUUUUGUGUUCGUAAGUGGAGAUGUGAAUACCAUGGCAAUGCAAAUAAAAGAGACUUUUGUGAAAUGCCUAACAACAUACAAUAAUAAAACCCAAGAAGAAGCGGACAAAUUGAUUAGUGACAUGGUGAAGGAAAAAAGAUAUUGCGUCGACGCGUGGAGUUGACGUCAAACAUAACAUAACGUAGUCAAUGUUAAUAAAAAUAUUUAUAUAAUU